AUGGACCAGUCAAGCUUCUCCGGACGGCCUGCUUCUGACAAGGGUGCGACCAUGCCGCGAAUCCUAAUCAUCGGCUUUGGGAUGACCGCCUUAGGUUUCAUCGAGAAGCUGUUUUCCUACGACACAGAGGACGCGGAAGGACCGAAAUAUGCGGUCACAGUCGUCGGAGAAGAGCCCUGGAUAGCCUAUAAUCGUGUCGGUUUAACGCAGUACUUCAGCCAUCGUUCAGUCGAGCAACUCUAUCUCCAGCCACCUUCGUGGUAUUCUUCUCACCUUACCAACCGAUUAACUCAUGUUACUGGAGACGAGGUCACCAAAGUGGAUACGACCAGCCAGAGAGCCUGGACAAAGAAUGGCCUGGAACUUCAUUACGAUAUCUGCAUUUUUGCGACCGGUUCACGAGCUGCUGUCCCUUCAUACACCUCUCCCGCCGACAUCGAACGUACGCGAGGGGUGUUUGUGUACCGAACGGUUGAAGAUCUUACACGCAUGAUGGAAUACGCAGAGAAUGCCCAUGUCAAAAGAGUCUCUGUCAUCGGCGGAGGGUUGCUAGGAUUAGAGGCUGCUAAGGCUGCUACCGAAUUGGAGUCAAUCUCCAAUGUAACAAUUGUAGAACGAAACAAAUGGGUCCUGAGCCGUCAGCUUGAUCAGGAAGGUGGUCGAAUUGUCCUGGAACAUGUCAAGGCGUUUGGGAUCGACAUCCUCUUGGAAACCCAAGUCAAAUCCCUCAUCUUCUCCGAGGAGGAGGUUCCAUCAUUAACCGGCCUACAAAUCCACGACGGCACCACCUACUCUUGCGAAAUGGUUGUCUUUGCCACUGGAAUUAUCCCCCGAGACGAUCUCGCCAAGGCGUGCGGUAUUGAAGUUCACCCGCGCGGGGGAAUUAUUGUCGCAGACGACCUAGCCACCUCUGCUCCAAACGUGUAUGCUCUUGGUGAAUGCGCUGCCUGGAGCGGGAAUACCUACGGUUUGAUCGCACCCUGCAUCGAAAUGGCAGACGUCCUUGCUUUCAAUCUCACUGAAGGUCCUACCCAUAAGAUGAGGGUAAUGACCACCCCAGAUUUGAGCACGAAACUGAAGUUGGUUGGCGUCAAUGUUGCCAGCUUUGGAGACUAUUUCGCAGACCAAAAGCCGCCUGGUCAAGUAGCCACAAAACAUGGCAAGCAUAAGAAAGCGACUGCCGCAUACUCCCUUCCCCUUCGCUCCCUCACAUACCACGACCCCUUCGGUUCCGUGUACAAGAAGUACAUUUUCACCAACGAUGGAAAAUACGUGGUUGGCGGUAUGAUGGUCGGGGAUGUGAAUGACUACACAAAGUUGCAUACCCUGGUGCAAAAACGCAGACCCUUGGAGGUACCCCCAGGCCAACUUAUUCUGGGAGUUCCAGGGAAAGAAGGGGAGUUCGACGGCGAUGAUUUGGAUGACGACGCCCAGAUAUGCUCUUGUUACAAUGUCUCGAAAGGUGCUAUUGCCAAAUGUGUCAAGGACGGCUGCGACUCCUUCGGUGAUGUCAAGGCGAUGACCAAAGUUGCGACUGGUUGCGGUGGAUGCGCUCCGCUUGCCACUUCGAUAUUCAACUCCGAAAUGAAGAAGGCCGGUCAUGCUAUCAUGAACCAUGUCUGCCCACACUUCAAGAAGAGUCGACAGGAUGUCUUCAUGAUCACCAAGAUCAAGAAAUUGAAGACGUUCGCUGAAGUCAUGGCCGAAGCAGGCGAGAACUCCAUGUCGAUUGGAUGCGAAGUUUGCAAGCCGGCCAUCGCCAGUAUCUUGUCCAGUCUUCACAAUGAGUUCGUCAUGGCUCCAAGUCAUCAUCAGAACCAGGAUACCAACGACAAGUAUCUCGCUAACAUCCAACGGAACGGGACGUACUCUGUCGUGCCUCGAAUCCCCGCAGGUGAAAUCACCCCAGUUAAACUCAAGGCGAUCGCCGUUGUCGCCGAAAAGUACGGCUUGUAUACGAAGAUUACUGGGGGGCAAAGAAUUGAUCUAUUCGGUGCAAACAAGCAAGAUCUCCCUGAUAUCUGGGAAGAGCUUAUUAAUGCUGGAUUCGAGAGCGGACAUGCUUAUGGGAAAGCCCUGCGGACAGUUAAAAGCUGCGUUGGCACCAGCUGGUGCCGCUAUGGUAUCGGUGACUCCGUUGGUCUGGCCGUUGAGCUUGAGGAGAGAUACAAGGGGAUCCGAGCUCCUCAUAAAAUCAAAGGCGGUGUUAGCGGUUGCGUCCGGGAGUGCGCAGAGGCUCAGUCAAAAGACUUCGGUGUUAUUGCAACAAGCAAAGGGUGGAACGUGUACGUCGGUGGAAAUGGUGGCGCUAAACCGCGACACGCCCAGUUGCUUGCUGUCGACGUCUCAAGAAGCAAGGCGGUUAGGUACAUUGACAGGUUUUUGAUGCUGUACAUCCAGUCAGCGGAUCGGCUGCAACGAACCGCACGGUGGGUCGAGUCCUUGGACGAAAGUGGCAAGAAUGGGAUGGAGUAUCUCAAGAAGAUCAUCAUCGACGACUCGCUUGGAAUCUGUAAAGAACUUGACGAGGCGAUGGACGCUCUGGUGGGAACGUACUACGAUGAGUGGGCAGAGGUUGUGUCAACUGCAGAGAGACGAGCAUUAUUCCGUCAGUUCAUCAACACGGAGGAGACAAAGAAGGGAAUCGAGUUGAUCGAGGAAAGAAACCAGCAGCGACCCGCAGACUGGCCAGAGGAAGCGACAUCCCUCAAAUUCGAUAUCCAGGACAUUCCUAAAGACGAUUGGCAGUGGAGAAUGGUCGCGAAAGCUAGUGAUCUUCGUCCCUCGAGUGAAGGAUCGACGUCAGCCGUCGUCAAUUACUCGGACACUCAGAUCGCCAUCUUCAGACUCCACAAUGGCGACCUUUACGCAACGCAACAGAUGUGCCCUCACCGACGUGCCUUCGUUCUUGCUGAUGGUCUUCUGGGAGAUACACCGGACGGCAAACCUUACGUGUCGUGCCCAUUGCACAAGCGAAAUUUCGCUCUUCAAGACGGAGAGUGUAUGACCGACGACAACUACAAAAUUAUGACUUUUGAGGUUAAAGAAGAGAAUGGCGGUCUUCUUGUCAAACUGCCGCAGCCAGCUGCGAUCGAUAGCGUCCUUGGUACGAGCAAAUGGAUGAUAAAGCAAGCAAAAAAACUGGUGCAACAGCACGGGGCGAAGCACGUCGAGAUCGUUGGGCCUUCAGAAGAUGUCGCAAAUGCUUCCAAAACUAUGUCGGAUGCGACCUCUGGGUCUUGCGGCGGGACCACUUGCGGAAACAAAGAGCUAGAAUGGUGA